UCGGUAGGUCAAACCUUUUCCGGCCGCGUAAUUGGCCAAGUGGUUGCAACUCCGCUCGCCCAUUCUUUUUUAAGCCGUCUUCUCUGUGCUACCAUCGAGCAGUCGUCUACACUUCACUGCCCCUUGAAAAAAAAGAUAAGUCGUUCAUUGGCUGGCAUCCCGCCAGUCGAGUAUAUUGGGGAUGUAAAGCAGGGCCAAAUAGUGAAAUGUAGGGUUAAUAAGAUCGAAGACUUUCAACUGAACAUUGAUCUCAGCCCACGUGUGAAAGGCCGCGUUCACAUAACAGAAUGCUCUAGGAUUGAUAUGGACAACCCACUUUCCGUCUACCACCGAGGGCAGUACCUUCGGGCGCGUGUGCUGGGUCUGCGGUGCACAAAGACCCACUCUUUCCUUCCUGUUUCGCAUACGCAAGGGAAGGCUAUCGUGGAGCUCACCUGCCGAGAAAGCGACAUCCAGAGCGACGCCGUGGAAGUACUCCACCGCCCUACUUUGGCUACCCUCGCGCGGGGCGAUCGGAUGAGCGGGAUCAUCCAGAGCGUUGACAAAGACGGCCUCUGGGUCUGCCUCACUCCCGCUCUACGAGGAAGAGUCCCUCUUAUGAAUGCUGCCUACUUUGAAGGCAAUACUUUGACACUCGCCGGUAACUAUGCAGCAAAGCAGAGUGUUGUCGUGUACAUCUGCUCGGUUAUUGAAGAGCGCAUCGAUCUUUCCUUUAGAUCUCCUCUCGAGCCUUUGCCUCCGGACAGCUGUGUUCCCGCAGUGCUUUUCAAAAAGUUCCCGGCGUCGCACAUGUGUGUUAAGCUGCCUUACGGAAGACUCGGUCGCAUCCAUAUCACUCACAUGAGCGAUGCUUAUUCCGGAAAGCCUUUUAGUGCCUUUAAAAUUGGUCAGACUGUGAAGGCAUGUGUCCUUAACGACGAUGGGACUAAUUGUGAUUUGUCGUUGCGGCCUUCCAGGCUCCAUAAGACAGAGUGCGACGUGAGGGAUAGAGAGAUCAGGACAGUGAUGGAUCUGUCGCCCGCUGACGUGGUCAGGGGGUUUGUCAAGGCCAUGGAGCCCUCUGGAUGCUUUGUUUAUCUCGGCCAAAAGGUGGUGGGGCGCGUCCUUAUCAAGGACCUCAGCGAUUCGUUCAUCGAGGACUGGAAGGCCGCUUUUCCACCAGGCAAGCUCGUAAAGGCUAAAGUUCUAAAUGUUCGCGGUGAGUUCGUGGACUUGUCCUUGAAACGGAGCGCCAUUUGCAAGAGGGAAGGCAUCAUCACCUUUGAGGAUCUCCGCAUCGGCUCCAUUCUCAGCGGCGCUGUUCGUAGCAUUGAACCUUACGGCGUUUUUAUUACACUCGAUAACACUUCUGGCGCCCUCUCUGGGCUUGCGCAUAUUUCUGAGAUCUUUGAUGAUGGGAACCACCAAAAGUUGAGUCAAGUUUUUUCUGUGGGCGAUCCCGUAAAGUGCAUCGUCCUCAAACUUGACGAGCUUUCUAGAAAAAUUUCGCUGGGGCUGAAACCGUCUUAUUUUGAAGCUGAACAGCUCCAGUCGAGUGAGGCAGAGACAGAAAGCGACAAUGUUGACGAUGGCCAAGAUGCCGCCCCUCCGUCCGAGAAGAGCGAUAGCGACUCUCCAGCGGACGACCCCGUGGAGAUGGCGCCCCUCAGCACUUGUCUGCGUGUGCCAGUAAACAAAACUGCAAUAACGGGGGCGCUGGGAGCAGAGGGAGUCCCCGUGGAAGAAGAGCUUAGCUGGACACUUGAAGGGGGGUUGGACACCAGCUGCAGUCACGCAGGAUCGAGGGCAAGCAGCGACGAGGUGACGAGCUCGGAUGAGGAUGAAGAUGAGGAGCCGGCCAGUCAAAGACUCACUAAGAACCAAAAGAAACGGCUGCAAAGAAAGCAAGAAGAGGAGCUCGAAAAAAGAGAAAACGAACUUUUAAAUUCUAAGGAUCUACAGUCAGCUGCUGAUUAUAACCGCGCUUUAGUUGGCGCUCCAAAUAAUUCCCUUCUAUGGGUGCAGUUUAUGUCCUUCCAUAUACAACUGGCAGAGAUAGAAAAAGCGCGAAGUGUUGCUGAGAAAGCCUUAAAGACCAUUAUUGACAGCGAAUUGGAGGAACGGCUCAAUAUCUGGAAGGCGCUAUUGAACUUGGAGGCUCGCUUUGGCACGUCUGCCUCUUUAGAAAAGACUCUUCUGCAUGCCUGCCAGUACAACGACCCGAAAGUUAUAUAUCUCCAUCUUGUGGAAGUGUUCGAUGCUUCUAAAAGCGACGAGAAAAUGUUUGAGGUUUUCGAACUUUUGUGUAAAAAAUUUGGAAGCAGCAAAAAGGUGUGGAUUCGCUACGGGUCAGCUCUGUUGUCUCGCAGUAAAGUAAACGAAGCCAAAGAGCUUCUCAAACGCGCUUUGACGAGACUGCCGAAGAGGAAGCACGUGGCCGCCAUAAGCAAGUUUGCUCAGUUGGAGUUCAAGGUGGGCGAUCCUGAGAGGGGUAGGACUAUAUUUGAGGAAAUUCUAAGCAGUUAUCCGAAGCGGGUGGACAUUUGGUCCGUUUAUUUGGAUCAUGAGCUCAAUGCCGGAAACUUUACUCUAAUAAGACACUUGUUCGAUCGAAUCAUCUCGCUCAACUUGUCCUCGAAAAAGAUGAAAUAUUUUUUCAAGAGGUAUCUUGAGUUCGAAAGACUCCAUGGAGAUUCCUCUUCUAUGGAAUAUGUGAAACAAAAAGCUCGAGAAUACGUGGAAAGGAAAAUGCAUUGAUUGCAGAAAGGCAUCACAACGUAAGCGGUGUUGUUAGUAAUAAACUUGAAAAGUCAUUGUAGAGCAUUGAAUAUAUUGAAAGGUUCGCGAUAGACAAACUCGGAGACUUUUUUAUAGUGGCUGUGUAGGAAGUUGUCUGCUUCAUCA